UUGGCUGAGAGACAGGAGUUGUGGAGCUAGUGCAAACACAGGCACAUUGACAUGUAUAGCCGGGGAGCGGGGAGGUUGCAGAUGCCGGUGUGUGCACAGCAGCCGCACAGAUACAUAGAGCAUGUGUUUUCUCACACUAGGAAGGGAAGUGGCAAGAUCACCACGUGAAAAUAAGGAAUGAAAAAGAAAGCAAAUACAGUCACUGCAUCUAGGGAAUGGGACUGUUUAGACAAGAAGCCUUAAUUACAACUAUCUGCUGUAGUUGAUUUGGAAAUUGUCUUGUGUACCCUAGAGACUGUGCUGGAAUUUUCCCACACUGACACAAUGGAUUGUGAUUCUGGCCCAAAUAAAGACACUCAAGCAGAGCUUGCCGAGAGAGUUGCUGCCAUUGAAGUGGAUGAAGAAACCGAGACAUCAACUGUGCUGAAUUCAGAAGACAUGUAUAGGCUGAAAAAUAAUGGAAUGAGCUCUGAAACUAGUGAGGAUGUAUUUUUAUCAUCGCAGGAGCAGAGGGACUUGAGCUAUUUCCAAAGAGCUACAUCUCGGCCUACACUUUCAAAUAGAAAGUUUUCCCUUCAGGAAAGGCCUACAGGUGGCUGCCUUCCCUCUCAAAACCAGGCGUACGGCCCUUAUGCAACAGGUCCUGCCUCCCACAUAUCGCCAAGAAUUGUCCGAAGGCCAACAAUUGAGUCAAAUCGGGUUUCUAUUUCCGACUCUGAUGAUUGUGUGCAAUUGAACCAGUACAAACUACAAACUGAAAUUGGCAAAGGCUCAUAUGGAGUUGUAAAGCUUGCCUACAAUCAAAUGGAUGAUAAAUAUUACGCUAUGAAAGUUCUUUCAAAGAAAAGGUUAUUGAAGCAAUACGGUUUUCCACGUCGCCCUCCCCCUAGAGGAUCGAAAACUGCAUCUGGUGAUCAGGCCAAACCAAUGGCUCCACUGGAUAGGGUCUAUCAAGAAAUUGCCAUUCUGAAGAAGCUGGAUCAUAUUAAUAUUGUGAGACUGAUUGAGGUACUGGAUGAUCCAGCUGAAGAUAAUUUAUACAUGGUGUUUGACCUUCUACGCAAAGGACCGGUCAUGGAAGUACCAUCUGAUCAUCCCUUUUCAGAAGAACAAACCCGAAUUUACUUCAGGGAUAUUGUGCUGGGUAUAGAAUACUUGCAUUACCAGAAGAUUAUCCACAGAGACAUCAAACCAUCCAAUUUACUUCUUGGAGAUGAUGGUCACAUUAAAAUAGCUGAUUUUGGGGUGAGCAAUCAGUUUGAAGGCAACGAUGCACUUCUGUCAAGCACAGCGGGGACCCCAGCUUUCAUGGCACCUGAGACUCUGGCAGACACUGGGCAGGGGUUCAGUGGAAAGGCACUUGAUGUGUGGGCCAUGGGAGUCACUCUUUACUGUUUUGUAUUUGGAAAGUGUCCUUUUAUAGAUGAUUACAUCUUGGUGCUUCAUAACAUGAUUAAACAUAAACCGGUGGAGUUUCCCGAGCAGCCAGUCAUAAGUGAUGAACUGAAAGACUUGAUUGUGCGAAUGCUGAAUAAGAAGCCAGAAGAUCGGAUAACUGUUCCAGAAAUAAAGCUACAUCCUUGGGUGACCAAAAAUGGUGAAGACGCAUUGCCCCUGGAGGAAGAGCACUGCACAGUAGUAGAAGUGACAGAGGAAGAAGUAAAGAAUUCAGUUAAACUCAUCCCAAGCCUGACAGCUGUGAUUCUAGUGAAAGCAAUGCUGAGGAAACGCUCGUUUGGCAAUCCCUUUGAAUGUGCAAGAAGAGAAGAAAGGUCCAUGUCAGCCCCGGGAAACCUAUUAAUGUGCCAGUUUAAAUCAUCUAAAAAAUUGCUUCCACACAUAAGAAAGCAAACCAGUGGGGAGGUUCUGAAGGACCCGGAGCUAGCUGAUGUGGAGGAGGACGAUGGAGCAUCAUGAGUUGUUGCAUGCCCAGAUCAAACCUGCCUGCUGCUUGAACUUGCUUUUCUGUGUUGCACAGAUAUGUACUCUCAUGACCAUCAUGAACCAAAGCUUGCGGUGUGUAACCUCCACUAACAAAAGGUCUUUGUAAAACGUUUACAGCUCUAUGAAGAAUGCGAUAUACAAAUAGAGACUGUCUUGUGCUAAACAUGUCCGUCUGCAUGUAUGUUUGAAUAAUUUGUGUAUGUAUACAGGAAAAACUAUUGAACAAUGUGCCUCAUCUCCAUUUGUGCUUCUGCGGUAUGCAGUCCGUGUACUAUGAAGAUUGCUUGACCUAUGAAUGUCUUUUUAUUUAAGACUGAAAAACCAAAAGUUUUUUUUUUUUUUUUUCUAUUUAAUCAUUUCAUAAACUCCUAAUGCUAUGCUGCAGCUUCCAAACUCCAGGCUUCUCUAGUGCUAUAAGAUAAAUAUAUUUAUAUUUUCGUUUUUAUAUAUAUGUAUAGAUGACUGUACAGGGGCUAUUAAGGAAAACCAUGCUUGCUGCUCUGAGAACAAUGACUUUUACUGUGUUGUAUGGGUUAGUAUAAAAUUGCACAAUACCUGCUUUUCUGCAGGAAAUUUCGUGUUUUAUUUUAUUUUUUCUUAAACUAUUUGGCUGUAAUCAUGGCUUACUAUAUAAGUCAGCUAAUCUGUUAUUAUAUAGAAAAUGUUUACAUUUGCUACAGGAAGGGCUAUUUCUUCUUUGCAUCCACGGUACAUCCCAUAUGUUUAUUAUUUGGUAUGUCUUACAAAGUUGUGAUGAAUUUACUCAUUGCAACCUACAACUUUUCACUCUGUGUCACCUUGAAUGCUAUGAUGGGGGGUGUAGCAUAGCAACAUUUGAGAUGACAAUUUCCUACCUUUUGAUUGCACAGAAUAUGUGUACUGUAAUACAGCUCAUGUAUAUAAGCAUGUAACAAUUAUUUAGGUAUCUUAAAUGUAUAUGUGAAAUUGGUCAAUAGGUAACUUACUGCCUAAGUAAAUAGCUGAACAAGACCAUUACAGGUUUCAUAAAGGCAUUUCAUUUAUCAUACCCGCUUUGAAAAUAAAAUGUUGCUGUUCAAAUAACAAUAGCCAAAACCUAAAGUAAAGCAAAUAGAUUUUAUCUGGGAGCAAUUUCCGACAUGCUCACUUUAUAUUAUAUUUUUAGAAUGUUUUAAAAUGAUUUUUGACUAUAAAAUGUAUAGCAAUCUGUUAA